CAACUAGCAGCAUGGUAAUUCCAGAGAUACGGACUUUAGAGACAUCGCUUAUGAUGGAAAAUAAAGCACACAACAUACGUAAAAUGACCGUUGGCAAGAAGCGAUUUUGGUCUUGGCCGGGUCAAGGAAAGGUUCUUAUGCUUGUUGGAGCUACUGGCGCAGGGAAGAGCACUUUGAUCAAUGGAAUGGUUAAUCACAUCAUGGGGGUACGUUACGAAGAUGAUUAUCGAUACAAGUUGGUUGAUGAUGGUGAAACUCGUUCUCAGGCUCACAGCCAAACCAGGUUGAUCACAGCCUACAAAUUUAACAAGGAUGACAAAAUGCAAUUGCCCUACAAGCUUACCGUGAUUGACACUCCUGGUUAUGGUGACACACAAGGGCUUGAGAGAGAUAAGGAGAUUACCAGGCAAAUCAAAGAGUUCUUUUCGCUUAAAGGUAACGACAGUAUUGAUCAGCUGAAUGGUAUUGGUUUCGUAGUUCAGGCCUCCCUGCCUCGCCUAACUCAUACCCAGCGGUACAUCUUCGACUCCAUACUAAGUAUCUUCGGUAAAGACAUCAGCGAAAGCAUCUUUAUGAUGGUCACGUUUGCAGACGGGAAAAAGCCUCCAGUUCUGGCUGCUAUCAAAGAAGCAAAAGUUGAGUUCCAGAAAAGCUUUAAAUUCAAUAACUCGGCCCUUUACCCAGAGGAGGAUGAUGAUGAUGACGACAGCUUCAAUGAAAUGUACUGGAAAAUGGGACAAACCAGCUUUGAGAAUUUUUUCAAAUCGUUCGCUAAGGCAAAGAGUGUCAGUCUGAAACUAACCAGAGAGGUACUGAACGAAAGAGAGGAGCUGGAAUGCGUAGCUGAAGGUCUGGGGCCUCAAAUAAGGGUUGGGUUGCAUAAAGUUGACCAGCUACGCCAAGAAGAAACGAUUCUAAAGCUACAUGAGAAAGAUAUAUUGACAAAUAAGGAUUUCGAGUAUGAAGUUGACGUAAUCAAACAACGCAAGAUCGAUCUGCCCGCUGGUGAAUAUGUCACAAAUUGCAUCACAUGCCACAUGACAUGCCAUUAUCCUUGUCGUAUUCCUCUUGAUAAAGACAAACAUCAUUGUGCAGCAAUACACCCAUGUGAUACGUGCAAUGUUUGUCCAGGAAACUGUCACUGGACGAAACACUUCAAUAAUGGAUACCGCUUUGAGCUCUACACGGUAAAAGAAAAGAGGACGUCAGAAGAACUGAAGAAACGCUACCAAGAAGCCAAAAGCAAGAAGAUGGAAAAGGAACAAAUGAUGGAAGGCCUUGCGAAAGAGCUGGACACCAUGUAUAAUGCCGUUUUCAUUAUGAUUUCAAGAGCUAGAGAUAUCCUCGCGCGCCUCGAAGAAAUAGCCUUGAAACCGAAUCCUUUGUCAGAAGUAGAUCACAUCGACCUUCUGAUCCAGUCGGAGCAGUGCGAGGCCAAGGAAGGCUGGACAAGACGAGUCGAAGCAUACAAAGAAGUCCGAAAACAAGCAAUGGUUUUGUCAAAAAUAAAAGAUAGAAAUGCAUUAAAAGAGCAAAACAAAGGACCUGUCGAGAAACUCUGGCAAAGUUUUCAAGAAACCUUCUUGUGAUUUCUAUGGCCACAACUACAGGUGCACUGGUUGGUUUCGACACUUACCAUUUUAACAGCUGUAUAAAUAGCUGCAGUAACUGUUACACUAGCUAAUUUUUUUCAAAGAUAAUUUUGAUGCUUGAUCAAAAAUAUUCAUUUUGUGUGCAUGCUAUAGUCUGGAACUGAACAAUCUAAAACUUCUUUGUUGUUUAAAGAAUGACAUUUUGGUAAAGAAACUUGUGUUUAAUAAUAAUGAUUUAGCUGAUGCAAGUUUUGUAAGCUGCUGUUUUUUUUCUGGAACACUGACUGAAUUUAAGAUUAGACAAAUUAUGCAUUUAAUAUCUAGGUCGUAAAAGAUUGUAAAUUUUCUUUUCAUAGUAGUAAAGACUAAGGUUCUUUAAGGACGUCAUCAACAGAGAGAACCUGAUCAGGUAAAACAAUGUAAACUUUGAGGGGAAUAAAAUAGGUAAAACCAAA